UACAGAGAUAAAGCGAUUAAUAUCACUAUGUUAUUUUUAGAGACAUGGAAACAUUCUAGGAAUGGCGAUAAUCGUUGAUAUAUACUUAUGUAUUUUUGAGAUAUCAGCUGACUGUAAAUACUUGGAUUACAUUUACAAAUUAUGGCUCAAAGAUCGGAAGUCCGUGAACUCUUCGUGGGAUUCGUAUUUUAAAUUAAUGCACGCUAAAAGCUCUAAGGAUUCCCAAACCGGAUCCAGUUCAACUCGUGUCAAUUCGCCGCUUAAGUUAAUGGCAUCAAAGUUAGAAGGAGGGCAAUCGAACAAGCCGUUGUUUAUGAAAGAAUCCGUUCGGGGGAAAUCGGACAGUCAGAUGCAAGGAGAUCAAUACAUAAACAGUGCACUCGAUAUCAAUUCCACGAUCCGAGCUUAUCAAACACGUGGCCACUUAAUAGCCAACACCGAUCCACUGGGUAUACAAAAUCCGGAAUCGGCAAAAUUGCAAGGUACCCCUAACUUGCCGCCCGCGAUUGUGGUACGGCAUCAUCUCAAGGGCAUGACAGAAGCGGACAUGGACCGAGAGUUUCCUCUCUCGUCUCUCACUGUUAUCGGCGGUGAGAAAAAGAGCUUACCGCUGCGAGAAAUAUUAAUAAGACUCAACAAGGUCUACUGCGGUCAUCUUGGCCUCGAAUACACGUACAUUCAUGACCUGAAUAUGUUAGAAUGGUUAAGGGAAAAGUUUGAAAUACCGGGUGCCUGGGAGCUACCCACGGAGCACAGAAAAUGGAUUUGGAUGAAUAUCAUGAGAGCCGUGACUUUUGAAAAUUUUCUGGCAAAAAAAUAUGGUACGGAGAAAAGAUUCGGGUUAGAAGGUUGCGAAUCGUUCAUACCAGCCAUGGCGGAAUGCAUAGAAACAGCGGCGGAAAAUGGAGUAGAAACUGUAGUUAUUGGUAUGGCGCAUCGCGGUCGUCUGAAUACUUUGGUGAACAUAUGCUCAAAACCAAUGAGUCAGUUAUUCACGCAAUUCAAUCCGAUCGCUCUAGAGGGAUUCGGCUCAGGUGACGUAAAGUAUCAUCUUGGGACGCAUUCGGAAAUAUUAUUAGAUAGAAGUAAGAAAAGAGUGUUUCACGCUAUAAUGGCAAAUUCCUCCCAUUUGGAAGCAAUUGGUCCGGUCAUAGUUGGUCGUGUUCGCGCCGAGCAAGUUGAGAAAGGUGACUCUAAAUACGGUAAAAAGGCAAUAGCUAUACUGGUUCACGGCGAUGCUGCUUUUGCUGGUCAAGGUGUUGUUUAUGAAACAAUGCACCUUACUAAUCUGCCGGAAUAUACAACGGGUGGCGUCAUACACCUUGUGAUUAAUAAUCAAAUUGGAUUUACGACUGAUCCAAGAUAUUCACGAUCCAGUGAGCACUGCACGGAUGUAGCUCGUGUUGUUAACGCUCCUAUUUUUCAUAUACAUGCCGAUGAUCCUGAUUUAGUGACUUAUUGCAGUAAAGUGGCCGGCGAGUAUCGGGCUACCUUUCAUAACGAUGUAGUGCUGGAUAUCGUUGGAUAUCGAAGAAACGGACACAACGAGAUGGAUGAACCAAUGUUAACUCAGCCACUCAUGUAUAAACGUAUAAGAGCUCAUCCUAGUGUUCUUUCCAUAUACAGUGACAAACUUCUUAAGGAAGGAGUGAUAACGGAGGCUUUUGUUAAAGAGGAAACAGAAAAGUACUUAAAUAAUUGCGAGGAAGAGUUCAUAAAAGCCCAGACCAUCAGCUCGAUGCAAAUGAGAGACUGGCACGAUGUGCCCUGGACUGAAUUUUUCUCGAAUCAAAGCCCGAAAAUUAAGAUACUUCCAACUGGUAUCGAUAUACCAACUAUCAAAACGAUAUGCACUGCUAUAUCCACUCCUCCUAAAGAUAUCGAAGCACACUUGCAAGUACUGAGAGCGAUGGACAGACGAGCGAAACUUAUGGAGUCGCGGCAAGUUGACUGGGCGAUGGCGGAAUGUUUGGCCUUCGUCAGCUUGCUGAAGGAAGGUCAUCACGUCAGACUGUCCGGCCAAGAUGUCGAGCGUGGUACCUUUACCCAACGUAUACAUAUUGUUCACGAUCAGAGUAAAGACAAGAUUUACAAGAAUAUCCUCCAUGACGUUUUUCCGCGACAAGCAUUGUAUACCGUCUCAAAUUCAUCAUUAUCGGAAUACGGCGUGUGCGGGUUUGAAUUGGGAUACUCGGCGUACAAUCACAAUGCUCUGACACUUUGGGAAGCGCAGUUCGGCGAUUUCGCCAAUACCUGUCAAGUCGUACUAGACUGCUUGCUAUGCUCCGGACAAGCCAAAUGGGGCAGACAGGUAGGAUUAGUAUUAUUGCUGCCGCAUGGUAUGGAGAAUCAAGGACCAGAACAUUCGUCCGCGAGAUUGGAAAGGUUUCUUCAGUUGUGCGAUGAUGAAUGCACUCAUAUUCCCGGAACAGAGCCCGGCGUUUCAGCUGGCGAGAGCAUUGAGCAAAUCAUGACUAAACAGCUCUUCGAGAUAAACUGGAUCGUCUGUAAUCCCACGACACCUGCCAAUCUCUUUCAUCUUCUCCGCCGGCAGAUAUUGAUGCCAUUCCGGAAACCGUUGGUUCUUAUGACUCCCAAAUCAUUGUUACGCCAUCCGAUGGCGAUAUCAAAUUUUGAGGAAAUGGGACCCGGUACGAGCUUUAAGCACGUUAUACCAGACUCUGCCGUGAAACUUGGAAAUAUGCAGAAAGUAUUACUGUGCACCGGGAAAGUGUAUUACGAUUUGGUUAUUGAGCGACAGGAGAAACAAUUGGAAGAUAAGAUAGCGAUCAUUAGAAUCGAGCAGCUGUGCCCUUUUCCGUAUCACCUCCUCGCGAUGGAAAUGGUGAAAUAUCCACGAGCAAAAAUUGUGUGGCUGCAAGAAGAGCAUAAAAAUCAAGGUGCUUACUAUUACGUGAGAGAUAGAAUAGCCUUAGCCUUGGGUAUUCCAUUAGAGGAAGUGAAGUACGGCGGUCGCCUUGCAUCAGCCGCGCCAGCGACCGGUAGCAAGAUUAUUCAUAAAAACGAAUACUAUAAUAUGAUGACAACGGCUAUGAGUCUCGAUUGAUUUUGUGAAAAUUGCCGCGGAACCGUCAACGAACGUGGUAGAAAAAUUUUCUCAUUUGAAAAAAUAAUAUUUAAAAUUACAUGAGAGUAGAUAUAGAAAAUAUGCGUGUGUGUAAAAUACGUGUCUAUUUUUUGAAACGUUUACCAUGAAUCGUUACAAUCUAUUUAAUUGACAAUAAAUCAUCUACAAUUAAUUCCGAUUAUUCAGCUUGUGCACGUAUCUCACUCACCAACAGACACAAAUACUCCACACUUUCUUGCGCUGCGCGUUUAUUCAAACAAUUCCACAUUGCAUUCUUAUUUCUAUUGCGGAAGAUUCUCUAAGCGCGGGUUGCAAGAAUGCUCGACACGUGAUUAGAACCAAACGUCUAUUAAAUUGAGAAGUGCUAAUGGUUGUAGCUGGCAGAAAAAAUUUGCACCUCGAACAAAGACUGUGAUUGUUAACUACGACUUCAAUAAUCAACAAUAACUUUAUUGUUGGUUUAAAAUGGCAUUUUUUGCAUUGUACAAAAUUCUUUUAAUCAAUCACAAAUCAUCUCAAUUUUAACUGGAAGAAAGUACUAUAAUUAUAUAAAUCUAAAGAUAUCGUACAUCGUAGAAGUUUAUCGGUUGAUAAAUAUACCGAUAAUCGAUUUUUGCCGUGUUAAAUGACGUCACUUAACUGGUAUCUCUAGUUUGCGUUCUUAUUCAUUCGAAGUAUAAAUUUCAAUUACUAGAAAUAUUAUCAGUUGACAACGCCUUACAACGGAGAAAAUUUUAUAUAAAAAAUUAUUAUGCACGGCAGUAACCGCGGACCAUAAAGACGCGGACCAAAAAUUUUCACUAUAUUUCACGUAUAAAAAACAUAGUAAAAAAUUUUAUUAAUUCCUUCAUAGUCCGCGAGUACUCCGCGAGUAUAGUAACUUUGAUAUAAAAUUUUCUCCGUGUAUGAGAAGA